CAUACAAACACAAGCCUACGUGAAAUAAACAUUGCUGAAACUCAACAAACCACCUGAUUGCACAACCUUAACCACAUGAGGAAUAAGAGGAAGCAUCUAAAUGUUGCACACUUUGCUUCUGCUUCACAUUGUUCAUGCAUUCCCACCAUGAAGACCUCAGGGAAACUACUUGGCUUCUUUAAUGCUCCAGUUCUCUGUCUCUUCUGGCUAACAAAGCAUGCAGUGGACUCAGCCCAGUUGUCGGCUCCAGACGUGGUAACAGGAACGUAUGGGGGGUCUGUGACGGUCCCUUGUCAGUACGACCAUCAGUUCAGAGAAUACACAAAGUACUGGUGCAAAGGGCCGAUAUAUGAGCUGUGUAAAAUCGUGGUGAAAACACCCAAGAGUCGACAUAGUGACAGAAGCUCCAUUGCAGAUGAUAAGGAGGCAGGAGUCUUCACUGUUACUAUGAUGUCUCUCAGAGAAAGUGAUAAGGACAUGUACUGGUGUGUCAUCGCCAGACCUGGAAGGAACAUCUUCACUGGUGUCAGGCUCCGCGUCUCCCAAGCAGUGAUAACAACAACCGCCAGCACAACAGUCAGUCCAUCACAACAAGAUGAAAUAAGUUGGUGGGCGACUCUGCGUUGGAUCCUCUUUAUUUUAAUGUUGUGUUGUUUGGUAUCGACACACAUCGCUGUGUGGAGGAUAAAGGUGGCGAGGAAAACGCAGCUGGAACAACAAUGUCAAUAUCAAAACUCAAACAUCUAUGAUUGAAUGUCAGGCAACACCACAAUUUGAAAUCAUGGACGAAUUAUAAACUCGUUCAUAUGAGGCCACAAAAGGAUUCUUCCAGUGCAGAGUCAGUCUGUCAUGUGUGUGAAUUAAACUGAGAAAUAAACCAAGUGAAAAAGUGGCUUUCGGCUUCCUUUUUCUUAGUAUCUAAAUGAUUAAAACCUAAUUAAUUUCGGUGCCACGGCCUGAGAUAACUUUGGGCCCCACUUUUGAAUAUCCAAUCAUCUUAUUAUAAAUGUUCAAGUCUGGAGAAGUGAGGCUUGGCUUUCAUCUAAUUUAUUUGCAGAUCUUAUAUGGACCGUCAUAGAUAUUCUUUUUACGUUUAACCACCAGUUUCUAUAGCGGUUUUAUAAUAUUUGUCAGUGGUGUACUCCAAAGAUCUGAAAGCCAUGCAGAAUGAAAAUCCUGUCACGCAUAAAUGAAGGCCCAACUCUUGUGAUGACCUGCUUUUAAAACACAAAUGUUGACAAAUAAUAAAGUUGAAUGGCAGUGA